GCGAUUUCUACCAUCGAUCGAGCGUAUAAACUUGAUCUUGCAACUAGUUUACAUUUUCACUUUCAUGUAUACGCGAAAAGACUCGCACGAGAAAAUCGCGUACGUCUUAUCCGCAGGAGUCAUUCGUUUUGGAGUUUAUGUCGCGGGUGAAAUCGUCGGAGUAAAAUUUCCAAAGUCGAGACUUUUGCAGUAAGCACAACGUUCAAACAUGUUUUCUCUUUUUGGGUACUUAAUUAUCUGGGGGCAAUAUUAAAAAAAUCGACCGCGUUUGCGAUUCGCUCCAAAAAAUCAAGCCGUCGAGCACCCUAGCCCAAAUCCAGAAAAAUGUCCUCCAAGUGCCCCAUACCGAUCUCCCUGCGUAUCUCCAGCUCUCCUCCACAGUGCCUACGGCACUGCCGUCCGUAUCCCCACUCCGGUCGUCCCACGGCCUCGACGUGCCGAGGGGCCUUGCAGCUUAUACACGCUCUCCUGGCGGCUCUCCGGGGCCCGUCGAGUGAAAGUCCGGAUUUUGCUUUCUACCUCUCUGCAGCCGUUCGCCGUCGCCGUCGCCGCCGCUGCUGCAACACCAUACCGCCAAGAGUAAAAGAGAAGUCAGUUGGCGAUCCGCUCUCUAUCGGUGCGCGCGGACUAUGCAGCAGCGGCUUAGACCGCCGCAGCUCACGCGCAGACAUCGUCACCAGGAGACAAGCCUCAUCCAUGCCCUGCGAGGCCCCUGCUACUGAGCGGAGGCCCAAGAGGAAGCGCAAGAAGCGGAAGAAGCGCCGGAAGAUGCGACCGAGGAACGACUCUUUCUAGUGCUUCAAUUAUUUACAAUCGUCACUUGCAUUAUACGUAUACGUAGAUUCUGUAGUGCGAGAGUGUGUAGUUGUCCACGAGUAUAUUAUACAAGAAGUGCACUGAUAAUCCAGGAGGAUAAUAUGAGAGAGACACGUGGAAGUAGUCCGAUCUCGCUGCUGCUCCUCCUCGUCGUCUCUGCGACUCUCGUGGGUCUGUCGACCUGUCAGCGACAAGUCGUAGAUGCGCAGCAGCAGGCAGCUUACAACUCCGGUCCACGCUACUACUAUGAGCCCCAGCAGAUCCAGUCCAGCGAAUCUCGUCAGCAGCAGUCCGAGUCGGUAGAGUACUACGACGACGAGUACUACGACGACGAGGCUGCCGAGGAGGGAGAGGUAGCACCGGCUAAGCCCGUCGCACCAGUAGCGGAGGUUGUCGUCUCCUCGCGCGAGCCCAAGACUGAUAAGGAGAGCAGUAGUAACGCGACGCAGCAGCAGCAGCAGCAACUCUACGAGGAGGACUCGUACUAUUACGACGAUGAUUACGAGGAGCCGAAGGGAGAGGAGCAUCAGCAUGAGCAGCAGCAGCAGGAAGAUGAGAAGGCCAGCACAGCGGCGAGCGAUACUAGUAGCAGUAAUAGUAGUCCAGCGCCAAUAGAAGCCUCAUCGAGCGAGGAGCCGGAAGAACCGAUCAAUCCGCCGCUCGGCCAUGACGAGAAGCCGGAAGAGCAGCCCAGCAGCAGUGCUGCGUCAUUUUCACCGGAAUCUACACCAGAGGAGAAAGUCGAGGAGCCGAAGAAAAACGAAGAAUCGAUCCUCAUCGGCGAGGCGAUCGUCUCCGUCGUGACGACCAAGAGCGUCGUCAACGGGACCUUCUCCGUGCCGGACACCACGACGCUUCUGCCACCCACUACGACUAUGGAAAAGGAGGUGGUAGUCGAGUCGACGCUCAGUCCGAGCACGAGCACGAGCACGAGUAGUAGCACUACCACGACAACUGCUGCACCGGAAACAACGAGCUCGACGACAACGGAGUUCACUCCCUCGUCGACUAUCCAGGCCUCCGUACAAACAGGACGCAGCGUCUCCGGAGCACGUUUCCUGCCCUUCCCUUCGGUCCAGGACAAGCCCGAGCAGCUCGACUCCACGGAGAGCAUAAUCGACAAACUCGACAGAGUGCAAUCCGAGCUCUCCAGCGGAUUCCUCGCCAACAGUCGUUUCGUCCCACGUCGCUACAACAAGAAGCCCUUCUCGAUCACGUCCCUCACUCUGCCAACGACGUCAACGACUCUCGCCCCCACGUCACCGGCUAUCGCCCCGGAGCCAAUCACCAGCACCACCAAGCGCCCCCGUAUCCAAACAACUUUGGAAGACGUCUCGGCUUUUCUACCUAAAGACUUCCCCAAAAGCGGUGGUUACCGCACGAGCACAACCGCAGCUCCGUUGACCAAACGGCCCAAGAUCCAGACGACCCUCGACGACGUCGAGGCUUUCCUGCCCAAGGAUUUCCCUAAAGGAGGCAGCUACAGGACCAGUACUGCUGCGCCGAGUACGAAGAGGCCGAAGAUCCAGACGACGUUGGAUGACGUAGAGGGAUUUUUGCCGAAGGAUUUCCCGAAGAGCGGAUACAGGGGUGGCUUCAAAAGGCCGUCGUACAAGACCUCCACGACUGCCAGCACCUCGACGACCACCACGACGCAGACGGUCGCGGCUUCGUCGACCGAAAAGAGCACUGCCAGCACUGCGAAGAAGGCUCUGACGACUAUCGAGGACAUCAGUGCUUUCUUGCCGCCGGGCUACAAGCUGAAGAAGGAAGACGCGACGACGGAAAAGUCCGUGGUCUUGAGCGAAAUAUUAGCGAAAACUAAGCUCACCGAGUCGAAAGAGGCUUCGGCAGUUUCGCCAUCGACGACCGAGCGAAGUAAAACCAUUCCCAUUCAAGAUCUGUUUGCGAAAUCUGCAGUCGACAUUUCUGCCCUUCUACCUCCAGGCUAUAAACCCGAUGCUAAUAGUCCAAAGUCAAGCACUACUGCCAAACCAGCUAUAAUUCCGAUAGAGGAUCUUCUUGUGAAAUCUGCCGUAGAUGUUUCUGCACUUUUGCCCCCUGGAUUCAAGCCAGACUCCAGCAGCGACUCGAGCGACCCGGUGAAGGAUCUACUCGCCAAGUCGAAGGUGGACAUGUCAGCUUUGUUGCCACCGGGUUUCGGUAAAAACGACGCAACUCAGCAGUCGACGACGACGGCAAAAAGCAACGACGGCUCCUUCAAACUUGUCUUUCCGAGCAGACCUGGUGGAAGAAAGCCCAUAAGCGGACAUAAAUUAACUACGCCUUCGAGCGUUAGAGGUGGCGGAGAGACACCUGCACCGAAGAUUCAGAAAGGAUGGCCGACCAGAGCAACGACGGAGUUCACCGGUUGGCCGACCUCAUCAACGACUCCAAUUUCGAUAGAGAAGCUUUUGGAGGCUGCGCGAACAGCGACCGUCUCCUCAUUGAACGCUUCAGUAGUACCGACCACGAGCGAAAUUUCGAGCACCUCGUCGACGACAACGACAACGACGACGACGGUCAGACCCACGACACCGGGCAUCUGCGAUGAGGAGUGCGAGGUCGCCGGUACGAUCAAGAUUGUUGAAAACGCCACGUGGGUUCCGGAGUUGCUUGAUCGUAACACUCGAGAGUGGCAGGAUUUGGCCGAGGAAAUCGAGAGAGAGAUGAAUCUAGUGUUUGCGAAAUCGCCAGUUUUGAGGAAGUGGUUCCGCAAUAUUCGCAUCGAUUCCUUCAGUCAAGGCAGUGUCCUCGUGGACUACUUCGUGGAACUCGCCGACUUAAAGGAAAGGAUAAAUACUCAACAAUUGAAAGUCAUUUUCCACGACUCGUUAAGGACUUUCGAUUUUGAUAACCCUAUGGAAGCUAGCCCGAAAGGACCAAUGAAACUCGGCAAGUUUAUCAUUGAUCCGAAAUCGACUGACUUUGUUGUAAUACCGAGAGCGGCUGCGCCAAAAAUGCUCGAAGACGAAAAUAGGCUGAUUCCACAGUGGGCCAUUGCUGUGAUUGUGAUCGGUGUCGGUGGACUGCUUUUCAUUAUUGUCUUCGGAGUAUCGGUUCUGGUGAACCGCCAGCACGGCUCGAAGCUGAAACCUUCGAUCACUGCCAUGUACGAGGAGGAAGUGUCAAAGAAUGUGAUGAGCCAUGCCGCGCCUCCGAGUAGGCCGGCCAGCGAGUAUCAAAAGAACGACAGUCAAACGAUGUGGAACGACCCCGGCUGGCAUGACAAACCCUUCGAGUCGACAUCCCAUAAGAUUUUGGUCGACGGACUGCCGUACGAGAGGAAGUACAAUCCUUAUGAUAGCUGGAAAUCCGAAUGGAAUGGAUACUACUACCCUCCGACGCAAGCCAGUGGUUCGAAUUACUCACGCCAUCGUCCUGACUACGACAUAAAUUUUUAGUAGUAUAAGAGAGAAUUUUUUUUACUGUAAAAAAUUAUUGUUUUUUAUUUUUAUUCGGGUUCUCUGUUUACUUUUGGUUUUCAGUCAAAACUAAUUAGUUUUGCGUAAUUACACUUUUUUUUAUUAACCAGAGUUCCUUUAAGCUAAAUUUGUACAUAAUUUGAAAAGCUUAAAUUGUUAGCAACAUAAUUUAUAUUAUUAUAUGAUUUCAUUAAAUCUUUUUAUUAUAAAAA